UUGGUUUGCUGUUUGUAUUUUUAUAUUUUGUAAAUUAACUUUCGGUUGAUUUUUUAUUCAUACAAAUACAAAAAAACGUAGUAUUUUUUAUAACCAAGUAAAUUUAAGUUGCCUAUUUUGAAGCAAUUGUAUAGUACUUUAUUAAAAUGGGCAAUUCAGCUUUAAAACAACAUUAUGAAACGGCGUCGAAAACGGGCGUUUUACAAAUAUCAAAUCAUAAGUUAAAGGAAAUACCAGAAGAAGUUUUCACUUUAGCGGAACAACUUAGAAAUUUGGACCUGUCGAAGAACAAAAUACCAUAUAUACCUGAAGAUAUAAGUAUGUUUAAGUUUUUAAAACAACUAAAUGUGAGCACAAAUAUGAUUCAUAUUUUACCAGAAUCAUUAGCCAAUCUGAAAAAGUUGGAAAUGCUCAAUGUUUCUUACAAUUCACUUACAUCAUUACCAAGCACCUUUUCUGGUUUAACUAAUUUAAAGCAAAUCUAUUUAAGUAAUAACAAAUUCAAAGUUUUUCCAAAGGAAUUGCUUGGACUACAUAAUAUUGAGGUUGUUGAUCUUUCAAAUAACAAGAUGACAGAGAUUCCAACGGGUAUGUCAAAUUUCUAUGCAGUUGAAUUCAAUGCAAGUCAAAAUGAGAUUUCUGUUUUAAGUGAGGAUUUGUAUCAAGCACCACGAUUGAAAAUUUUGAGAUUAGAAGAGAAUUGUUUAAGUCUAGAUAUGAUUAUACCAAGUUUGCUAAGAGAUUCAAAGAUACAUACUAUUAACAUUGAUGGUAAUCUCUUUGAAUCAAAACUAAUAGCAUCACUUGAAGGCUAUAAUGAAUACACAGAAAGAUAUACAGCUAUGAAGAAGAAAAUGUUUUGAUAAUAUAACAAAAAACUUUAUUAAAAUUUGAGACGAGAAGUGCUGCAUUGAUUGUUUCAGUGUAUAUUAAAAGCUUAUAGAAUAACAAUACAAGCUUUAAGUAAAAUCACAAUAAACGCACAUAUUGAAUAAUAAAAACAUAUUGAUAUGCAAUAUAAAAUGAAUCACUGGUUUUCUGAUUGUAUAGUUCUAAUGAUCAGGCUGUCAGGCCUGCUGUACCUAAUUUUAAACAGGUAUAAAAAGAGAACAAUACAUGCUAUUCAUUUUGCAAUGCUCGAAAAUGGUUUGAACAUUACUAUUGAUUCUUAAGUAUUUAUUAAAAAUAAUGAAAAUAGAACAGUAAUUGCUAGUACUCAAUCUUUUAAUAAUUUAAAUAUUAAAUUUAAUUUCAAAAACUUUACCUAAUGAUUGAAUAUUUAAAACAAUAAGCAAAUUAUGUGAUAUAGUAUAUUUUUUUUUGCAUAAAUAUUAUUUAGCUUAAAAUAUAUUAUAUUAAAAAAAUAAAAAUAGCUACUGUGUAAAUCAUAACCACAUGGGAUGGUGACAAGAAUGCUAGCAGUGUUUCCCCUUUGGCUUGUAAUUCUAGCUUCUGGGCGAAAAAUAACCAAAAUCCUCCAGUCAUAAUGAUUAGUUACUUUGAACUUUUAAUUAAAUAUUCAUAUAUUGAUAGUAAAAAAUAUUUUAUUAUAAUUUUUGUGUCUAUGCUGUUAACCGUUGAAGAAUUUAUUAGAAUCGAGCCAAUCCUGAUGAUUGAUGAGUACAUCAAGUCAUGCUUACAAUAAAAUGCAGUGUUAUCAGAACUGAACCAACAUGUAAAAUUUUAACGUUGUAGGAUGAGUAAGUAGUUCUACUUCAGCUGACAAGAUUGGACUUUGCAAAAUGGCAAACAUUGCAAGAAUUAAAUAAAAGCUUAUAAAAAUUACACAACUUGGCAACACUGUUUCCUUAUUAAAUAAAUUAAACUUGUAAAUUUAUUAGUUAAAAUUAAAGCUUAGAUCUCUAUUCUGUGCAUAAUUAUGAAAUGUAUAUAAAUUCAUAUUUUUCCAUUUAUUAAGACUAAAAUAUGUAUAAA